AUGGUAGCGCAAACCACCAUUGGUCCACUGGAUGCCGACGACCUAACUGGACCUAAGCAAAGAUUGCUACGGGUGCUGCUCUCUGAGAAUAAGAUAGACAUAGCUCUUAUCUCAGAGACGUACCUCAGACCGACGGACACUCUAACCAUGCCUGGAUACGUGGUGUACAGAAGUGACCAGAGGUAUGCCGCGCCCGACGUCAUCGACCUCACUUUAGUGCAGGGCCUGAGUACAGACCCGUCGAUUGACGUCCUAGACGACCACAUGAUGUCGGAUCACCAACCGGUUCUGGUCACUAUUGAUCUGGCGCCGAUCCGGAGGGAAAUCCCGUCCCCGCGUCAUAGACAACACUGGCAUAUCUUCGCGGACCACCUGUCCAAGAACUUGCGGUCUUUUCAAGUGGACAGCCCCGACGAUGUGGACCGCCUCGCCCUCGAGCUUACCGAGUCGAUCACCCGGGCACUCGAGGCCUCGCGGCUAAGCACCACAUCACACCGGAAACGACCGCAGUUACCUGCCGGGAUACGAGAUAUGAUCGAAGUCAAAAGGAGGCUGCGUAGACUAUACCAGCGCACCCGAUGCCCGACCAUCAAGUCCCAGCUCAAUGCUCUGGCGGAGAGAGUCUCAGCUGUGUUGGAGGACCACGCUGUGGACUCUUGGUACAAGACCAUCGAGCGAGCUGGAGAAGACUGGAGGGGUAUCCACUGCAUAUGCCGCCAAGUAUCCAGGAAGUCAGAACCGAUCCGGCCCCUGCUAGCGAGUGACGGCACCCCACGCUACCGCGCAACGUACCGAGCCGAGAUCUUCGCUGACCACCUGGAGACCCAGUUCCAACCAUACCCAGCCGAAGACACCCAGCACGCAGAGGAAGGUGAACAAAUAGUAGACGAAUACCUCGAGCAAGCGAUAGCUCCCACAGAAGACCCUAUAAUCAUUACCCCCGCCCAUCAACAAUUAUAG